AUGGGUGGUGGACCUGAAGGUUUCCGCACCGUUGCGUAUUUCGUCAACUGGGCUAUCUAUGGCCGAAAGCAUCGUCCUCAAGACCUCCCUGUAGAGAACCUCACACAUAUUCUUUACUCAUUUGCCAACGUUCGUAGCGACUCUGGCGAAGUCCACCUCACUGAUGCAUGGGCUGAUACCGACAUUCAUUGGGAGGGGGACUCCUGGAACGAUGUCGGCACCAACUUGUACGGCUGUAUGAAGCAACUCAACCUUCUCAAGAGACGUAACCGAAACCUCAAAGUUCUUCUCAGUGUAGGAGGAUGGACCUACAGCAGCAACUUCAAGGGCCCUGCCAGCACACCCCAAGGACGUGACACAUUUGCUAAGAGUUGUGUCGACCUGAUCAAGAAUCUUGGCUUUGAUGGUAUCGACAUCGAUUGGGAGUAUCCUCAGAACCCCAACGAGGCCAGAGACUACGUCGAGCUUCUGGGUGCUGUGCGUCGCGAGAUGGACGCAUAUGCACAGACCCUUAGCCAUCCUUAUCACUUUGAAUUGACUGUGGCCUGUCCAGCUGGCGCGACCAACUUCCAAAAGCUCGAUAUUCGUGGAAUGGAUCAAUAUCUUGACUUCUGGAACCUUAUGGCCUACGACUAUGCUGGUUCUUGGGACCAGAACGCAGGUCACCAGGCUAACUUGUACCCAUCCCGCGACAACCCGGCCUCGACCCCAUUCUCUACAUCCGCUGCCAUCGACUUUUACGUCCGUAGCGGCGUGGCUCCCUCCAAACUUGUUCUCGGCAUGCCGCUCUACGGCCGAGCCUUUGAGAACACCGAUGGUCCCGGUCGUCCCUACCAGGGCGUCGGACAGGGUACUUGGGAGCAAGGAGUCUACGAUUACAAGCAACUUCCUCUAGAAGGCGCGCAAGAGUACGGCGAUAGGGGAUGCUGUGCCAGCUACUGCUAUAACCCUCAGACACGUACCAUGGUCACCUACGACACGCCGCGGGUCGCCUGGGACAAGGCCGAGUACGUGAGGAAAUGGAAACUAGGAGGCGCUAUGUGGUGGGAGAGUAGCGCGGAUAAGCAGGGUGAGAAGAGUCUGAUCACAACUGUUGUAAAUGGAUUUGGAGGACAGGGAGCGCUCAUGAGGCAGGACAACUGCAUUGAGUAUCCCGCGACUAAGGCUUCAGGCAUGAUCAACUUUCACUUGGAGAACCAGACCUAUUGGUUAAGACGAUCACAGAAAGGUCACGUGUGUGUUCUCCAGCCACGACAGCCACAUUGGCCCGUGCGCAAGCUGCCAAAAAAUUUCCACCUGGAAAAAAAGUGUGAAAAUCUUAAGUCUCGAGCCAUCACCAAACUCAUCCGACGCGGAACAUUCCCAAUUGCGGCACCGGCAGGGAACGAAAUCAUGUCGCACAUCGACUACGCUCUAUACGAAAGCCCUGUGGGCUAUGCCCUCUUCAAGGUGGUGCAUCAGCAGGAGGCUGUCGGUCUCAAGUUGAAAGAAACUCAGGCCGCCGUCAAUGAUCUCGCCAAGUUCGGCAAGAUGGUCCAGCUGGCCAACUUCAGCCCUUUCAGGGGCCAUGUCGAGGCGCUCGAGAACAUUAACCUCGUCACCGAGGGUAUCGUCUCCGACUACCUCAAGUCCGUCCUCGAACUCAACCUUCCCCAGACGAGCGGCAAGAAGAGCAAGGUUGUCCUUGGUGUUUCCGAGAAGAACCUUGCUGGUGCGAUCAAGAGCCACUUCCCUGGCCUCGAGUGCGAGACCGCCGAUACUUCUGACAUUGUCGGCGACGUGAUUCGCGGUAUCCGACUCCACGCCGACAAGCUUCUCGGCGGCCUCAAGUACGGUGAUGUUGAGAAGGCCGGUCUGGGUAUGGGUCACGCCUACUCCCGUGCCAAGGUCAAGUUCAGCGUCACCCGCAACGACAACCACAUCAUCCAGGCUAGCGCGACCAUCGACUUCCAGGAUAAGGGCGUCAACCAGUUCUACAUGCGCGUUCGUGAAUGGUACGGCUGGCAUUUCCCUGAGCUUGUCAAGAUUGUCUCCGACAACUACACCUACUGCAAGCUUGUUCUGGCCAUUGGCGACAAGAAGAGCUUGAACGAUGACAAGCUUCACGACAUCGCCGCCCUCGUCGAGGAGGACGGUGAGAAGGCGCAGGCUAUCAUUGACGCCGCCAAGGUCUCCAUGGGUCUCGACAUCUCCGAGGCUGAUCUUGAGAUCGUCAACGGAUUCGCCCAGGCCGUCGUCAAGCAGGCCGACAACCGCAAGUCCACCAACCUCUACCUUGAGAAGAAGAUGUCCGACAUCGCCCCCAACCUGCAGACCCUUAUCGGCACUCCUGUUGCCGCCCGUCUCAUCUCCCACGCUGGUUCUCUGACCAACCUCUCCAAGUACCCUGCCUCUACUCUCCAGAUUCUCGGUGCUGAGAAGGCUCUGUUCCGCGCUCUCAAGACCAAGAGCAACACUCCCAAGUACGGUCUCAUCUACCACAGCAGCUUCAUCGGCAAGGCCGGUGUCCGCAACAAGGGCCGCAUCUCUCGAUACCUCGCCAACAAGUGCAGUAUGGCCAGUCGUAUUGACAACUUCUCUGAGGAGCCCUCCACCCGAUUCGGUGAGGCUCUUAAGCAGCAGGUUGAGGACCGACUAGAGUUCUACGCUACUGGCAAGAAGCCCGCCAAGAACGCUGAGGUCAUGAAGGGAGUUAUGGAUAUCCUUGACGACGGUGAGGGUGCUGGCUCUGAUGAGGAGAUGGCCGACGCUCCCGUCCCCGAGAAGAAGUCCAAGAAGGAGAAGAAGGAAAAGAAGGAGAAGAAAGAGAAGAAGGAAAAGAAGCGCAAGCUAGAUGAGGAGGACGCCCCCGCCGAGAAGGAGGCUGAUGGCGAGAAGAAAAAGAAGAAGAAGAGAAAGUCCAAGGCUGCGGAUGACGAGUAG